GUGUGUGUGGGUGACAGCGGCUAGCAUCACACUUCAGCCGUGAAACAGCGCACGUCAGCUAACUUUACAGGAAACAGCGGGCGAAUUUGUGUUGUACACAGCUUAAAAUACCGCCUGCUAAAAGGAUAAAACGUUAAUUGUGAGUACGGUGAGGAUGUCUGUCCCGGCAGGACAGGGAUGAAGAUGACACCACUGUUAUGGCGAGUUGUGUCAGUGUGGCUAUGCUUAACUGCGGUCUGUCGGUAUCCUAGUUACUAUGUCAGUUGCGUGGAGUCGCACCAAGAGGCCCAGAGGCCCGUGUCCUCACAGGACGUCGGUACGGAGGAAGAGUCAGGAGAAAAUAUUCAUCAUCAGAAGGUUGAGGAAAGCUUGGUCUUGCCUGCCCAGCCCCUUCCUGAAGACGAGCAGUUGAUAGAAGAUGAUCAGCAAAAACAGGAGCACACAAUACAGGAGGUGCACAAAAGACAAUAUUUAGAGGCCUUUGAAGCGGAGGAGCUCGCUGUAGAGGAAGAGUUGGAGGAAAACACAGUUUCACAGUCUGAACUAGAACAUGAGCAAAGUUCCGAAAAUCAGCAUCCUGAAACCUUCGUCAUUCAAGACCAGACCCCCCCGCUGCCUUCAUCUGAGCCUGUCUCCGAUUUUGCUGCUGAGCUUGAAGAUAACUCAGACACACUUAACCUUCAAGACAACAUCCCAGAUAGUGUUUCCAGUGAUUCAGACGACACAGCUGCACCUGAGGUCAUUGAUUCUGACCUGCCUCCAGCUGACUGUGAAGAGGAAGAGAACAACCCAUAUGACAAUGAUAGCAGUCCUCCCAUUGUUCUGGAGAACACUUCUAAUGUUCACACUGCAGGUACUAAAACCCACACUGACCCACCCCUGAGUCCUCAGCCUGGUCACAGCACACAGCAUCAUGAGGCCAACACGUCACACAUGCUGAAAGAGCCAGACCCGAGUUCCCCUGUUACCACAGGCACAGAUUCCGCUGUGGGCAGCAAAGACCCUGAGGACAUCCCCACUUUUGAUGAGUGGACUCGGAAGAUGAUGGAGGUUGAGAAUGAAAAGACUCAGUCUACUCACUCCUCUAACAUCGGGGCUUCUCAUACGGCGAAGAAGGUCCAGAAGAACUUCAAUAACUACGCCUCAGUGGAGUGUGGAGCCAAGAUCCUUGGCGCUAACUCAGAGGCAAAGAGCACUUCAGCAAUAUUGAAAGAGAACAUGGACUUGUACAUGUUAAACCCCUGCAGUAAUAAAAUCUGGUUCAUCAUUGAGCUUUGUGAGCCCAUCCAGGUGAAGCAGCUGGACAUCGCUAACUUUGAGCUAUUUUCCUCUACUCCCAAAGACUUUCUUGUCUCCAUCAGUGAUAGAUAUCCAACAAACAAGUGGCUAAAGCUGGGAACCUUUCAUGCCCGGGAUGAACGCACAGUCCAGAGCUUCCCUUUAGAUGAGCAUCUCUAUGCUAAAUAUGUGAAGAUGUUCACCAAGUACAUAAAGGUAGAGCUGGUCUCUCACUUUGGCUCUGAACAUUUCUGCCCCCUCAGUCUCAUAAGGGUGUUUGGCACAAGCAUGGUGGAAGAGUACGAGGAGAUAGCUGAUCCCGCAGAGAGACAGGAAGAUCAGGAUGAUGACUUGGAUUAUCCUCCUGGAUAUGCACCUGGUGAAGUCAAGUUAUCCAAGAAUCUGAUUGGAUCAGCCAAGGAUGUCAUUUUGAACAUGGUAAAUAAUAUUGCCGUCAAUGUUCUUGGUGGAAGCCCAGAGAUGCAAGGCAACCUUUCAUCACAGGAAGUGAACGUGACUGAGCCAUCACCCCAACUUGAAACCACUUCUCAAACUGUCACUACAGACCUCACCUCAGUUCCAGACUCUGAUGUGGAGGAGAUUUUACCUGAUCCUGAUGUCCCUCCAACUAUAGCCCCAUCCUCAGAGACCCCAGAGUCAGAGUCACAGACCGCUGAUACAAUCAGACAAGAGCUCCCCCUAGUGGAGGAAAAAGUUAUCAUUCCUUUAGAGAAAGAUGAGGAGGAACCUAUCAGCUCUACGAUCACCCUUUUGGAUAAGGAGGAGGAGUUAGAUGAAGAAAAAGAGAAAAGAGAUCAACAUGAGCAACAGCAAGAAAUCCAAAACUAUUGUUCACUACUUCCCUCACUUUCUUCCUCCUGCUCUUGUGCAGCUUCCCUCCAGGAGUAUCUCCAUCGCCACUGUUCGGCCCUGCUGUCUAAAAAAAGAAAAUGCCAAACUGUGAACAGAAAGCAAACAGUUCCUCCCAUUCAAACACCCACUUGGCACCUACCCCUGUCCCCAUCUGCUUGCCCUGAACCUGAGCAGGACCACAGUGAGGUACAUCAGCCUCCUGAACAAGAACAAGCUUCUGUCCAGGAGCCAGAGAGCGGAGCCAGCCCGACGGAAACGCCUCCGGGGAACACAGUUGAAUCUCAUAAAGAGUCUAUGUCCGAAGCUCCUCUGCUGGAACCCAGUCAAAGCUCGAACCUUCCCACAGCCAGUGCGACUGACUCAUCCUCUGCCAAACCUACCCCUAUUGUGGAGACACCACAGCUGUCUUCUGAGGAACUGGCAAGGGAGCUGAAGCCAGAAAAAAGCCAGGAUGUGCUGCCUGAAGAGAAGCACAUUGAGCCUUCAGCCUCUCUCACCAGCUCCAUCUAUGUGAAACCUGGCGACAGCGCCACAGUUGUCGACGCCUCAGUAGCACCAACAGAAGAAAAGUCUGACAUUGAGGUUUAUAAACCAGAGAUAAACGCCCCCAUCCAAACCCCAGAGAAGACGGAAGAAUCCCAAGUUAUCCAUCCCACCACUGCCCCCCAGUUACAACAUCACCCUGAACCUCCAGCUGUUUCUGACGGUAGUACUGCUCCCACUGAGCCAUCCCACCCUGCUCCAGACACCAUUACAGAACUCGAGCCCUCUGGUGGUCACUCGGUCAUCACAGAAACUAAAACAGAAGACUUUGCCGAAGACAUCUCUGCAUCGUCAAGUGGGAAACCCUCCUCGCCUACCUCCCUGUCUGUCUCGGACAUCUAUGCAGAUCCCCCCAACGGCACCGAGCAGAACGGGAAUCCGGUGCACGGAUCCAGCCAGAAGGAGUCUGUGUUCAUGAGACUCAAUAACCGCAUCAAGGCCCUGGAGAUGAACAUGUCACUCAGCGGACGCUACCUGGAGCAGCUCAGCCAGAGGUAUCGGAAGCAGAUGGAGGAGAUGCAGAAGGCUUUCAACAAAACCAUCAUCAAGCUCCAGAACACCUCCAGAAUAGCGGAGGAGCAGGAUCAGCGUCAGACUGAGUCCAUUCACUUGCUACAGGGCCAGCUGGAGAAUGUGACUCAGCUGGUUCUCAACCUGUCUGUCAGAGUCAGCCAGCUGCAGAAUGAGGUGUCGGACAGGCAGAACUACCUGCUGCUGUCUCUUGCGCUGUGUCUGUGUCUUGGCCUGCUGCUGUGUGCCAUCCACUGCCGCAUCUCAGCUAUUCCUCCAACUGCAGAACCAGAGCCACCCAUACCUAAGAGCUACACCUACUGCUGUCCUGACAGGCAGUUCUCUUCCUGUGAUGAGACGGGCUUGAAGAGGAGUGCUUCCUAUCCACUCAUACACUCACUUGGCACCACUGAAGGCCCAGAAAUGCUGCACGCAGAGGAGACACAGAGUCUUUGUCCAGCCAACAGAAAGAAGAGACGCCGUAAGAUGAAACCUACAGAGAAAGUGGAGACUCUGAAACCCUCUUUUCAUGCUGCUUCAGAACUGCGUAACGGAGCUGUUGUUUGUAACGGUGCACCUGUCACCACAAACCCGGCCCCCCUCACAAGAAGGUUACUCUCGCCUCUGUUCAGAGACUCACCAUCAGAGGGCAGCUCGGAGGGAUCUUCUCAUUCAGACGACCCCUCCUUCUGUGGCAUCACCACAGCUUGCAGCCGAAUCUGUGAUGGCCUCCCUCCACCCAAGACCCGGGCGGAGAAACGGGCACUAAGACGCAGGCGUCCAAAGCCCGGUUGCGCAGUGGUGGACUUACUUCAGGCCCCAAGGAGGGACAGGAGCGAACCAUUGCCCAUCUCUACCAUACAGGGCAUCAUGAACAGGAAAAGUGAGCAGAGCUCUGGGGCAUGUGGGGUCAAUGUGGCCCUCUCAGGUCCUGUUUGACAGGACUCCACUCCUUUUCACUGACUGCGCAACUCUUUCUAAAAGAGGAUGGUUGUUGAUAUCUGUAGCCACAGGCAGCUUCAAGCUUCAAUAUGAGACAAUCCCUUCACUCUUACAUUUGUUUUCUGUCCAUGUCCUCGUCAGAUGUUUAUAUUUGUUAUACUUCAAAUCAAAGAAAUGUCUUCCCAGCUUUCCAUUAAAGCUUUUCUCUUUUGUUUGGAAAUAUCCACUGUGACUAUA